AUGAUUGAAGAUGAACGAAUAAAAUGUAUGGAAGGGACUGAAAAUGGAAAUCUCCUAGAUAACUUUAACAUGGAUAUGACGCAAUCUCUCAAAGAUAUGUAUGAAGACGAAAUGGAGCUCAUAGAAAAGAUCAAAAACGAAGAUUUUACAGAUGCAAUUGAUUUGAAAAAUCUUCAAGAUUCAUUGAAAGAUGAUGAAAUAAGCAUGCUUUUAGAUGAAAAGACGGGACUUUUUAAAAUUAAGGAAAUGGAUGACCGAAUAAUGAAAUUACCUGGAAAUAAUAAUAAUGAAAAUAAGAUAAAAGUUCUUUCGACAGUGACUUUAAAUUACCAUCAACGUCAACCGGAAAGACAAAUAAAUCAGGUUUUUUUUUAG